AGUUUUUUGCUAGAUUGAUCCCUGAAAUGUCAGGUAAAGAAAGUGGAGAGCCCUAUCGACCGUCGAUUGGGACGGCCAAUUCAGAUAACAGGUUGCCAUAUGCUCUUGAUCAGUAGAAUUCGAAACGUUGAUAUACUUUUUAUGCCUUUAAAUGACAGCGACUAUCAUAAAUUAUGUUGACCAGGAAAGGCAGUUUUACCGCGGUUGACUGUCCACAGCCUCCAGUUUAGCAUUAGGCUGUUUUUGAAGCUAAGAUUUCGAAUACAAUAUUGGUAGGAUUGAUUUCUUUGUAGCUUUCGUAAGAGGACUUUUAUGGUUCCUGUAAACAAUCAGUUCUUUUGAAAAAGUCAUUCCACGAAUCUAGAUCUUCUCGCGUCAUACAUGUCUUUUCUAAUAACAUUGAUACUGCUACUAGUACUACUCUGGCACCUCGUCCUGACGUGUGGUAACUCAAAGCCAUACACAUGUGCUAAGUUGUACGUUACGUUUGGUUGACUGAGUGUUCGCGACUAGCCUGAUAGAAUUACCUACAGCUACCAGGUUACUGGUACAGUACCUCAAUCAACGUAACUGUUGGCACUAAACGUCUAUCCAUAAAGGAGUUUGUAACUAGUCCAUCAAGGUUAGGUCUCACUGUUGAGAGUCUAAUAUCAACCUCACCGCAGCCCUUGAUGAAAAUGGGUAGCUGGGAAGUACUUGUCCCUCAAAAUAUCCUGUCUUUCCGGUAGUUUGGUCUGAAAACACAUGUUUUUCAAACAUAGUUCUACUGAUAGAUAACUUUAAUUAAAGUUUCUAAUGCUUCUACGUAGUGUAGGGUCACAUAUUCUUAUUACGUUCUUUGUUACCCUCUUCAAUUGUCUUGGGAGUCUCGGCGGUCUUGAAGGUCUGGUAUUUGUCGGAAUUCCGUUAUGCUCUCAUUUCCAGUUUUCUGUGUAAUGAAUUGGCAUAUUCAUCCACCUAAACCAAACUAGGUGCAUAAUUAUGUAGGAGUGCACUAGAAAAAAUUAGGGGCGGACGAACCAAAGCACGACAUCAGUCCAGUCCAUGAAGUCAUUGAGGAUUGGACUUGGCCAUGUUAACAGGUGUAGACUACGUGGUUGAUGUCCACGUGAUUAUCGUACCAAUGGUUAGAGACUUUGAAUGACAUGGCUCAAAAUCGUUCACAGUGGUCCAGGUGAUCCGUUCGUUGUCUUCCCCCAAAUUAUGAGAUUCUAAAUUCAUAAUUUUUAUUGCUAUUGUUUUACUAAUUUAUAUUUUCGCGGAUCGUAUUUUUAAUGCCUAGUCUUUUAUUUCUGCUGUUACUGUUACUACCUCUACCAUCCUGGGGUUUGAUCUAGAAACUUCGUCCCACUGUUCUAAUGAGGUCUGACAACUUGAACCGAUGUACAUACGUACCAGGUUUAACGUCGUGACUGACUGCUGUCCAACGGCGUCAGCAGCGAACAUGAGAAUCGGUGUGACAAUGUAUUCUUUCGCAUCUCAUUUCCACGGUGUGUUCGAAUCAAACGCGAUUAUGAACUACUAUUAUAUAUACUUUUUCAACCUGUUUGGUAGAAAUAUCGCGUCCGUAUCAUCAAUAAACUCAAUGUUCGCUUGCGAAUAGACCUAAUCGCUCUUCCGAAUAUCUGGAUUCCAGGAUAAUUAUGUAUAACCUGAAAACUGUUUCUCAUCAUUUUUAACAUAUUAACUGUAUUAUUACUAUCUGUUGUUCAGAAUGGUUAUCCAAAUCCAUUUUUAAACCAACAACAACCAAAUUCAGACAAUCCUCAAGUUCAGAAUCCUGGUCAGUGUGCAUCACCAAUUACCCAGCACCAAUCCCAGCUAAACCAAGCUCAAUCUUAUAAUAAUCUCAAACAACUGGGCAAUGGAGUUGGAAACUAUGAAGAUUUGUUAGAUGUCAAGUAUGGUGACCCAUCCAAACAAGGUUUGUGUCAUAAAACUAAUUUUUAACUAAAUGAGUUUGCUGUUUUGCAACUUCCAAUUACUUUCAUUAUAAGCAAUAGUUGACUGUAUUGGUUAAAGGAAUGCUAUUUUAUCAGUGUACUUGAUUAGCAUAGUAUAGUGGUGUGUAAAAGUCGACUUUACUUCUUUUGUUUAUGUACCACGCAGGCAUAGUUUUGACCGAUUUAAACCACAAGUCAACUUAAACCUCUUUAUUAAUCGUCCGUAGCCAAGAUAGAGCCUGGGAAAAAUACAAAUUUACUUAUUUAUUUUAACACAGAUAUUGGUACAAAGGGGGCACCAAAUACAUAUGCGCCACACAAAUCUCAUUCGGUAUGUGUGAGGGCUGUGAUACUGCCGGGGUGCCCAAACCGAAGCAGGAGGGAAAAAUACAUGUCAGUCCGAGUUGGUUGAGUUGCAUACAAAAUUAGCUAGAGAAUAUCAAAUGAUCCAAAAUUGUUGUAGUAGUACUAAUAAUGAAAAAAAACUGAACACUGAGAAUAUAGUUUAAAAUAAGUAGUGGAAAAAUAUGUAUGAAGGUUAACUGGGACGUAGAGGGAAGUUUAUUAAAUGCUCUUCCAGCAUCACGACCAGUUCUGCACCAUACCACCUAACUUUUCCAACCAUUGGUCAGUUAUCGAUCCCUAAACAACUAGUAAAUAACCAUUAUUAUUUUUCUAUUUCGGUGAAGAGUAAUCCUUUAUUUUAUAUCUAAAAUGAUGCUUAGAGCAGACUAAAUUUCCGAUCUCAUGAGUUUACCUUUACUAUAAUUAAACAACUGAAAUUACAUAUUUGUCACCUACUGUCACUUUAGUAAUCCUUAUAGUGAUAUCAUAGAGCUAACGUGUUUAAUGUCAUUCUAUGAUAGGAUGUUCAUGAUAAUUCCAUUGAUUUUUAAUUUACAACCUAUGUAUGUAUAUUAAACGAUUUUUAUGUUUUUGUAUUCUAGUUGGUUUCAAAACUAGCUCAAACCCAUCCAACUAUAGUUCAUUUCAAUCUCAAGGAAUGUCGCUGGAUUCUGUCGGUGGGAAGUUAUCUUCUGUCUCUCAUUCCAACAACGGAUCUCUGGUUCAAAACUUUAACCAUGGAAAUAGCAAUUCUCAUGCACAGCACUUUUCACCACAAUUUUACGCAUCUGUGUCGGGUUCACCAUACAUGAACACAGUUGCUGCCGCUGUAGCUGCAGCAGCUGCUGCUAAACAUGGACCCAAUAAUAGCUCUACCUUUUUGGCUUCUCAGUGUUAAGUGGCAAAGUGUUUUCAUCCGUUGAGGUGUUUUUCCGUUGACAUUCCAGUAUCUGUAGGGCAACUAACAGAUCUUUUGCCGACUGUAGAGAAUCGAUAGUGAAUUAUACUUUCUGUGUAUGUCACCUACCUAAUUCGUGAAUCACUUUACAUUUCAUGAGUGACCAAUUUUCAUUCGGUUGGUCGCACUUCUGAAGGUGUAUAUCGACCAGCUCGUUAGGAAGAAGGCAAAGGUCAUUGCCAACUAUCCAGUCCUUUGAUGCUAUCAUAAGUUGUUUUUUUUAGGACGUCAACAAUAACGUAUUUCUUGUUAGUGGGCUGAAAAG